AUGGUUGAAUUGGAAUUGGGUACAUUUGAUCCUUCAUCAUCUCAUAAAACAGUUUAUCUAGGGUUCGAUACCGGAAGUGAUCUCAUAUGGACUCAAUGUGAAGGUUGUGAUGAAUGUUUUCAUCAAGUCGACCCGAAUUAUCCUGCAACUCAAUCUUAUACUUAUAGUGAACUCGCUUGCUCCGAGUGUCCUGAAGAAGAAUGUGUGGGCAAAACUUGCCGGGUGAAAGUGUUGUAUGGAGAUGGGGCCAAAGUCGUCGCGAUUUUAGCUCGUGAAUCUCUUACCUUCGCCACUACAACCGACACUCCUCUUACUAUUGAGGGUGUUCUUUUUGGUUGUGGAAUUGAUAUGGAAAAUUUUCAUGAAGGUGACGAAGAAAACAAUAGAAUAAGUGGAAUGUUCGGAAUGAGUUAUGGCAAAUAUAGCUUCCAAGCACAAAAAACUGAUUUGGUUAAAGGAAAAUUCCAAUAUUGCCUCCAAAAGAAAGAAGCUCAAGAAUUGCCACCAAUGUACCUUCGAUUUGGAGAUGAUUGUAUACAACCCGGAACGCCUAGUUCCAUCCCAAUGUUUCGACACGAAAACAGUGAUUUCUACUACUUAGAAGCCCGUGGCAUCCAGGUGAACCAGAAGAACCUCGAACUUCCUCCUGAUGUGUUCGAUAUCAAGCCCGAUGGAACCGGAGGAUUCCUCAUCGAUACAGGCUCAACCGUAACUUUUCUAGCCACAAAGGCGUUCCGUGUGUUAGUAACCGAGUUGGCAGCACAAAUCGAAGCUAAAAACUCAAAUUUGGAGAGACUAAGUAAUUCUGCAGCUCGUUACGAAGGGUUCGGGCUUUGUUACAAGCGUGUACGUGAGCCUACAACCUUUAGUCUUCCUUGGGAUAUAUUGGCCAGGUAUAAUGGUCAAGUAUUAGAUUUAUUUUGUUCGGUAUUAGGAUAUAUUGGUCAGGUAUAUUUGGUCAGGUAUAACAAUGCCCGAAAUAUCUUUAAGGAUAGUGAGCUUUUUCCUUUCAGCCAAUGUAAUACCAAUCAAACUAAACGAGCAGUAUUAGGUAGUGUUGGAAGAGCUCUUGUACUGACACAACAAUCUGCUUCAACCGUUAAAUGCUCAAAUCUUCCUUCUACUGUUGGAAGUUUAAUUCCUAUCCUGUUUUAG